GGUCAUGGCCGGGUGCGGGCUGGACAAGGCGGCGCGGUGCAGCGUCAGCUUCGACACGCCGUGUGGCUCGCUGCUGCGCGAGCUCGAGCAAAUAUGGACAGAGAUUGGGGAGCGUGAGCAAGAUAAGGAUCGCAUGUUCCAAGAACUCGAAGUGGAGUGCAUGCGUGUGUAUCGUCGUAAGGUUGACAGUGCCAAUGCUGAUAGAUCCCAGCUCCGUCAGUCAUUGAUGGCCAAAGAAGCUGAGCUUAAAGCUCUAGUGGCUUCAAUAGGUGAAAAUACCCCGCAAUUUAAGGUGGAUGAAGAACAUACAUCGUUGAAAGAACAGCUUGCCACAGUGACGCCUCUCUUGGAAGAUCUUAGGGCCAUGAAAGAAGAAAGAAUCAAACAAUUCUCAAAGGUGCAAUCCCAUAUCGAGAAGAUAAAUGCACAAAUAUCUGAUUACAAUUGUCAACAAGAUGAUGGUUCGUUCAAGUUUAACAAUGAUCAUGACUUGUCAACCAGAAGGCUUGCUGAUCUUCAAAUGCAGCUACGGAAUUUACAAAAAGACAAGUCUGAUCGCCUUCAGAAAGUAUAUGUUUAUGUGGAUGAAGUGCAAUGCCUAUGUGCCGUGCUUGGGAUGGAUUUUGCAAAGACAGUAAAAGAUGUGCAUCCAAGUUUGCAUGGAACCAACUCAGAAAAUGCAACGAAUAUCAGUGAUAGUACUCUUGAAGGUCUUACUCAGACUAUCCUGAAGUUCAAAGCGGAAAAAAGGACCAGAGUCUCGAAGUUGCAAGAAAUUGUGGGAAAACUCCACAAGUUAUGGAAUCUGAUGGAGUCGACAGAACAAGACAGGAGACACUUUGCCCAAGUAGCCGCUGUUCUUGGAUCUUCUGAAGAAGAGAUCACUUCUCCCAGCGUCCUGUCAUUGGAGACAAUUCAGGAGGCAGAAGAGGAAGUCGAAAGACUAACUAAACAAAAGGCGAGUAGAAUGAAGGAGCUUGUUCUUAAGAGAAGGUUGGAACUAGAAAAUAUCUGCAAAAAAGCACAUAUGGAGCCUGAUCCGAGCACAGCACCAGAGAAGAUUGUCGCUCUAAUUGAUUCUGGUCUAGUGGAUCCUUGCGAACUUCUUUCCAGCAUUGAAGCACAAAUUGCGAAAGCAAAUGAGGAAUCCUUAACAAGGAAAGAUAUCAUGGAGAGAGUAGACAAAUGGCUAUCAGCUUGUGAUGAAGAAACUUGGCUUGAGGAAUAUAAUCAAGAUAGUAGCAGGUACAGUGCUGGCAGGGGUGCCCAUUUGAAUCUCAAGCGUGCAGAGAAAGCAAGGGUACUCGUUCAAAAGAUUCCAACCAUGGUUGACAACUUGAUAGACAAGACAUUUGUCUGGGAGGAUGAAAGCAAUUCGCCAUUUCUGUAUGACGGGGUACGUCUGGUUGCCAUUUUGGAAGAGCAAAAGCUCAGAAGAGUACAGAAGGAGGAAGAUAAGAGACGAUACCGGGACCAGAAGAAACUGCAUAAUCUAUUGCUUAAAGAGAAGGAGCUGAUCUUUGGGUCGAAGCCUUCUCCAAGGAAAGCAAGCAGCUUUAACAGGAGAGCAAGUGGCCAUCAUCCUAAUGGAAACGGGGCUGGUUUCAUGACGCCCAUGCCCCGUAGGGUCUCUGCAGGUGGUGCCACUCCUGAGCUAUUGACACCACGUUCACACUCUGGCCGGUACAACAAUUACUUCAAGGAGAACAGGCGGAUGACGGCAGCGCCGCUCAAUUUCUCGACAGCUUCGAAGGAUGAUAGCAUGUCUUCCUUUGCCUCCGUUAGCGGCUCGGAACCUGGUUCUCCAUUGGUUUUGCACUGAGGAGGAAGACUUUCUUGAAGGGAAGGGUGACGAUGAAGGCUAUAAUCAAGAUUGGACCAUUGUGAGCUGUUGACAGUGCUAAUGUGUGACAGGAUUUAGAUAAGCCUGCCUGUAGUUGUAGAUACAUGACCUAGCAAUUAUGGUGAUGUUGUAAUUCCAGCUGCGAGUUUGAUCUGUGUGAUUAGGGAACAUGAGAAAGAUGGAAUGUAUUUGUUUUGUGCUAACUGUUUUUAUUUCUAUUUCUAGUUGUAUAUUAUCAUUAUUUGGAAGUGAAAGAAGAGGGUCGAUUUUGUAUACUGCAAAAGGGUGUUCCUAUUCAUUCUGUAUUCAGCCUA